CACCAACUGACCAGACCACUCCCCUCCCACCACAACCCGCCCCUCUCUCUAUAUAAUCAUCCCCCUUUCACCACUCUCCUCUCGCGCCUCUCUCCCUCUCUCUCUCUCUCUCUCUCUCUACCAACUAUCAAUCCUCUGUCCUUACAACUCCGGCACGAAGAGAAUGGCGUCUCACGUUGUUGGAUACCCUCGCAUGGGCCCCAAGAGAGAGCUCAAGUUUGCAUUGGAAUCAUUCUGGGAUGGGAAGAGCAGCGCUGAGGAUUUGCAGAAGGUGGCUGCUGAUCUCAGAUCCUCCAUCUGGAAGCAGAUGGCUGAGGCUGGCAUCAAGUACAUUCCUAGCAACACCUUCGCCUACUAUGACCAGGUACUUGACACCACUGCCAUGCUCGGGGCUGUCCCUCCUAGAUAUGGCUGGAAUGGAGGAGAGAUUGGAUUUGAUGUGUACUUCUCCAUGGCCCGAGGAAAUGCCUCUGUCCCUGCUAUGGAAAUGACCAAGUGGUUUGAUACCAACUACCAUUACAUUGUCCCAGAAUUGGGUCCCGAUGUCAAGUUCUCUUACGCUUCUCACAAGGCUGUCAAUGAAUACAAGGAGGCCAAGGCGCUCGGAGUGGACACUGUCCCAGUCCUCAUUGGACCUGUCUCAUACUUGCUACUAUCUAAGCCUGCCAAGGGGGUGGAGAAGACCUUCUCUCUUCUAUCCCUCCUUGGCAAGAUUCUUCCAAUCUACAAGGAAGUUGUAUGCGAACUUAAGGCAGCUGGUGCUUCGUGGAUUCAGUUCGAUGAGCCCACCCUAGUGAUGGAUCUUGACUCUCACAAGUUGCAAGCAUUCACUGAAGCCUACUCAGAGCUGGAAUCAUCACUUUCUGGCUUGAAUGUGGUCAUCGAGACCUACUUCGCUGAUGUGCCUGCUGAGGCCUACAAAACUCUGACCUCUCUGAAGUGUGUCACUGGAUUCGGAUUUGACUUGGUUCGUGGAACUAAGACCCUUGAUUUGAUCAAGGCUGAAUUUCCCAAGGGGAAGUACCUUUUUGCUGGAGUUGUUGACGGUAGGAAUAUCUGGGCCAAUGAUCUUACUGCUUCUCUAAGCAUCCUCGGGGCACUUGAGGGCAUUGUUGGCAAAGACAAGCUUGUGGUGUCCACUUCUUGCUCCCUCUUGCACACUGCUGUUGACCUGGUCAAUGAGCCCAAACUAGACAAGGAGAUCAAGUCAUGGCUUGCUUUUGCCGCUCAGAAGGUUGUUGAAGUGAAUGUCUUGGCCAAGGCCUUGGCCGGACAAAAGGAUGAGGCAUUCUUCUCUGCUAAUGCUGCUGCUCAGGCCUCGAGGAGGUCCUCCCCAAGAGUGACCAAUGAGGCUGUCCAGAAGGCUGCUGCUGCUUUGAAGGGCUCUGAUCAUCGCCGUGCUACCAAUGUGAGCGCUAGGCUAGAUGCUCAGCAGAAGAAGCUUAACCUUCCUAUCCUACCAACCACCACCAUCGGGUCCUUCCCUCAGACCAUUGAGCUCAGGAGGGUCCGCCGUGAAUACAAGGCCAACAAGAUCUCCGAGGAAGAGUAUGUUAAGGCCAUCAAGGAGGAAAUUAGCAAAGUUGUCAAGCUCCAAGAGGAGCUUGAUAUAGAUGUCUUGGUUCAUGGAGAGCCCGAGAGAAACGAUAUGGUCGAGUACUUUGGGGAGCAGCUCUCGGGUUUUGCCUUCACUGCUAACGGAUGGGUGCAAUCUUAUGGAUCUCGCUGCGUGAAGCCGCCAAUCAUCUAUGGUGAUGUGAGCCGUCCCAAGCCGAUGACUGUCUUCUGGUCCUCCACAGCCCAGAGCAUGACCUCCCGCCCAAUGAAGGGAAUGCUUACUGGCCCCGUCACUAUCCUCAACUGGUCUUUUGUCAGAAAUGAUCAACCCAGGUUCGAGACUUGCUAUCAGAUUGCCUUGGCCAUCAAGGAUGAAGUUGAGGACCUUGAGAAGGCCGGGAUCAACGUGAUCCAGAUUGAUGAGGCUGCUCUGAGAGAAGGGUUGCCCCUAAGGAAGUCCGAACAUGCUUUCUACUUGGACUGGGCCGUCCACUCCUUCAGGAUCACCAACUGUGGCGUCAAAGACACCACUCAGAUCCACACCCACAUGUGCUACUCCAACUUCAACGACAUCAUUCACUCGAUCAUCGACAUGGACGCCGAUGUCAUCACCAUCGAGAACUCCCGGUCUGAUGAGAAGCUGCUGUCAGUGUUCCGCGAGGGGGUGAAGUACGGGGCUGGAAUUGGCCCAGGAGUCUACGACAUUCACUCUCCGAGGAUACCAUCCACAGAGGAGAUAGCGGACAGGAUCAACAAGAUGCUUGCGGUCCUCGAGAGCAACAUCCUGUGGGUCAACCCCGACUGUGGUCUCAAGACCCGGAAGUAUGCCGAGGUCAAGCCGGCCCUCCAGAACAUGGUGGCUGCUGCCAAGCUCCUCCGCACACAGCUCGCCUGCGCCAAGUGAGACAUGGGAGUCUUGGUGAUCGGGUUUUGAUAUCUUUAUUUAAGAGUAUUAAGGUCCGGUGUGUUGUUUGUCUAAUAAUUGAGCUCCAUGAUCAAAUAUUAGGGGGGAUGAUAUCCUUGAUGGCGGACUCUGUCUGUCUUUUUUCACCCGAAUUUUACACUCCCCUUUCGUUUUCCUUGGGAUUAUCUUCACAUGAUACGAUAUUAUGAGUCCAGUUCAACGAAAUGAGCUAUUGCAAGUUAUCAAUUUUUGCA